AUGCGCAAGUACGCGUCGGAAGCCGGCUUGCUGCGCGCGGCGCGGCAGGGCCCCCACGGGCGGUCGCUGACGGCGCGCACGGCGCACAACAUGUCCGCGUCGGCGCUGCGCAAGAAGUCGGACGCAUCGCUGGUGCGCAAGGUGCCCUUCGCACCGCUCCGCCCCGUGCUCGCCAACCUGCAGGAGGUCUUCCUCGGCACCAAGCUCGCCGUGCUCUUCCCCGCCGUGCCGCUCGCCAUCGCCGCCCAGUGCGCCAACUUCGGCCAGGUGUGGGUGUUUGCGCUCAGCUUACUCGGCCUCAUUCCUCUCUCCGAGCGUGUCAGCUUCCUCACCGAGCAGAUCGCAAUAUACACCGGUCCCACUGUGGGCGGCCUCCUGAACGCGACGUGCGGCAACGCCACUGAACUCAUCGUCGCGCUCUUCGCGCUCAUGGAGGGCAAGAUCGAGGUGGUCAAGUGCUCCCUCCUCGGCUCCGUCCUCUCCAACCUGCUGCUCGUGCUCGGCACCUCCCUCUUCUGCGGCGGCGUUGUCAACCUCGGCUCCGACCAGCUAUACGACAGGACACAAGCGGACGUCAGCACGGGGCUUCUCAUCCUCGGCGUGCUGUGCCAGUCGCUGCCGCUCAUGCUGCGCUACGCGGUGAGCGCCGGCGAGCACUCCGUGGCAGCGGACACCACGGGGCUCGACCUCUCCCGCGCCUGCAGCAUCGUCAUGCUGCUCGCCUACGUCGCCUACCUCUUUUUCCAGCUCAAGACGCACGCCCAGCUGUUCGAGCCGCAGGAGGUCGCGGACGACGACGGCGAGGCAGAGGAGGACGAACAGGCGGUCAUCGGGUUCGCCAGCGGCCUCUUCUGGCUCGCGUUCAAGACCGUGCUCAUCGCCAUCCUGUCCGAGUAUGUUGUCGGCACGAUUGAGCCUACCUCCAAAUCCUGGGGUUUGUCCGUCAGCUUCAUCAGCAUCAUCCUGCUACCAAUCGUCGGGAACGCCGCGGAGCAUGCCGGGGCCAUCAUUUUUGCUCUCAAGAACAAGCUGGACAUCACCCUUGGAGUAGCUUUGGGGUCGGCAACCCAGAUCUCCAUGUUUGUGGUGCCGCUGAGUGUCAUUGUAGCUUGGAUCGCGGGUAUUCAAAUGGAUCUCGACUUCAAGCUGCUAGAGACCGGCUCUCUCUUCGUCUCAGUAAUAGUGACAGCAUUUACUCUCCAGGAUGGAUCGUCACAUUAUCUCAAGGGGAUCCUUCUGCUGCUGUGCUACAUUGUGAUCGGUGCAUGCUUUUUUGUUACGAGGCAACCUGCAAGUCAUGCAAACAACAAUGAUGCUGGGCUGUCGCUGCCAACUGGUACUUCGAGUGCACAAGUUGCAUGA